CAUCUGCCCUCAACCACCAUGACUUCCAUUGGCACGGGUUACGAUCUCUCAGCAAGUACUUACUCUCCAGAUGGAAGGAUAUUUCAGGUCGAAUACGCAAACAAGGCUGUCGAGAACUCUGGGACAGCGAUUGGUCUGCGUGUGAAAGGUGGCGUCGUUCUAGCCGUUGAGAAGCUGGUGCACUCCAAACUGUUGGUUCCCGGUGCCAACAGACGGAUACAGACCGUGGACAGACAUAUUGGCAUGGCUACAGCAGGUCUACUUGCUGAUGGUCGUCAUCUGGCCAACAGGGCACGAGACGAAGCAUCCAAUUACCGUGAACUAUACCGGACACCACCCCCAUUAAAGUCACUCGCAGAUCGAUUGGGUCUGUAUGUGCAAGCUUAUACCCUGUAUUCAUCAGUUCGUCCGUUUGGCAUCAGCACCAUUUUCGGGGCGGUAGACAAGGAUGGCCCGUCACUAUAUGUCGUUGAACCAAGUGGUGUUUUUUAUGGCUAUCACGGCGCUGCAGUAGGCAAGGGCCGUCAACUAGCUAAAACAGAGCUUGAGAAACUCGACCUAGCAUCGAUUUCCAUGCGUCAAGCAGUGUUGGAUGCUGCCCGAAUAAUCUAUUUGGUUCACGACGACGCUAAAGAGAAGGAAUUUGAACUGGAGAUGUCAUGGAUCGGUGAUGAGACGAAUGGUCUCCAUUUGCCCGUCCCUAAGGAUCUCUUCGACGAGGCGGAGAGAAAAGCAAAGGAAGCUCUUGAAACUUUUGAGUAGAAAGCACAGGCUGUUCAUUGUACUCUGCCGUCUAGUUGCCCAAACCAAUAUUGUCUGCAUCACCAGCGAAACAAAUCAAUGCCUUUAGAAUUUCACCAUCUACACUAUUUGCUCUAGUUCCCGGGCAUAAGCCAGCGAGGCUGCAAUCAGCUUCUGUCUUGGGAUUUCC